AUGAACAUCAGCGCUACUUUGAAUGUCUUGCGUCUAUUCUUGAACCCAAAACUAUGUAUUCCACAGGCCGAGGUAGCAAAUUUCAGUCAACUUCCAGUACCGAUUGGGCCCUCUGUAAAGGCUGUUGUGCUUGACAAGGACAACUGUUUUGCAUAUCCACAUGAGAACGAGGUGUGGCCAGAAUAUGAAAAAACCUGGCUCAAAUUGAAGCAAGCGUACCCUAACGCUUCAUUGCUUAUUGUGAGCAAUAGCGCAGGUAGUAGCGACGAUCCUGAUGGUAAGCAGGCCAAUUUGUUAGAAUCAAAAGUUGGAGUAUCGGUCCUCCGGCACGCAGUAAAGAAACCGGGGUGCCGCGACGAGAUCAUGGAGUAUUUUGCCUCGCACAACAUUACUCAAGACCCAAAGGAAAUUGCAGUCGUUGGAGAUCGGCUAUUCACUGACAUUCUUAUGGCGAAUUUAAUGGGUAGUCAGGGUAUUUGGGUUAGAGACGGCGUGAAACCUUCCAAAAGUCCAGUAAGUUUUUUGGAGAAAAGACUGCACGAUUGGUUAAACCCUGGCAAGUGA